GCCCCGGGUCAUGCCAAUCAGCGGGCUGUCCCCGCCCGCACCUCCCACUUUCACUUUCGUUUCUGCGGGACGUGGAGAGCGAGGGCCCGGGGAGCGGCGGAGAGGCCGCCGAUCGCAGCGUCAUGGCGAAUGAGUCGGUGACCAGACUUGAGGAAUAUUUUCAAUGCUGUCUCUGCAACAGGUCAGCAACGAGUCCAAAGCUCCUCCAGUGUCUUCACACCUUCUGUGCAGGUUGCUUGGAGCGUGAGUGCAGUGGGAAUGAUGUCAGAUGCCCCAUCUGCGAAAUGGUGACCAAGUCAAGUGUCUCUUCCCUGCAGGACAAUAUAUUGGUGUCAAACUUACAGAGCUGCCUGAAAGUGCAGCAGCAAAUCCUAGCAAAUGUGAAGCUGGACUGUACCUCCUGUGAGGGGAACAAUGGCGCAGAGUUCAUAUGCCCAGAGUGUGACAAGCUGAUGUGUAGCAACUGCCUCCAGGUACAUAAUGUGCUCAUGGCAGAUCACACAAGGUACGUGCAGACCUUGGGCACUUUGAGAAAGUUGAAUUCGGAUGAAUUCUUGAAGAUUCUGAGAAGAUCGAAAGAGCUGUCCUGCAGCACACAUGAGAAUCAGCAGAUUAGUCUGUACUGCAGCUCCUGCUCGAUGUGGCUUUGUGUGCUGUGCGUGCUUGUGGAACACAGGGACCACAACUGCAUUACUGUGCGAAAGCAGAUCACCCAGCAGAAGAGUGAACUGCGGGAAACGCUGGCUGCAAUACAGACCAACCAGGCGAAGUUUGCUGAAUCACAGAGUCAACUGGAACAGCUUGUGGACAAGCUGAACAGGGACAAGUACAAGCUGGAGGAUCUGAUUAAAGCCCGGGUCAGCGCUGCCCUGCAGAAGGUGAGGGAGGAGGAGAGCAGGCUGCUCAGUGAGCUGCAGGAACUUCACUUAUCCAAAACCCAGAAGCUGCAGGAGUGUCUGACCAGCAUGGAGAACACGUUAAAGAGAAUGGCGGUGAGCAGAGACAUGGUGUCCCAGUUACUGCGCUAUGCCACCGAGCAGGAAAUGCUGAAACUGCAGGGAAUCAUCAAGUCAGCUCUCAGCCGGCUGCAGAAAGAAAAGCCGAUGGACGUACAGGUGGAGAACACCAUUAUCGACUUUCAGGAGUGCUGUGUGUUUCCAGAGAGAAUGCUGGGCAGUUUAAUCAUCACAAGGAUGAGACCCGAGUCCAGUUCGGAUCGGAAUUUCCAGUUGCCCGGAUGCAGUAUUGCUGCUCAGUGCAAGGAGGAAGUGGACGAGACUCCGAAGUGUAGCUUCAACAAAAGGAAAUGUCACACGGCUGAGGAAACACAAUCCUCCAAAAAACAGUGCCUGCAAGAGGAGCCAAGCAACAGCGCUGAGGGAGAUUGCACCGCUGGCUGUAGUGGCUCUGCGCAGGGAGCGGGGCUCUGCAUAGAGAGUGUCACUUCAGUUGCUGAGACUGACAAAGAGGAACUGAUGCCCGUGUUUUUGGACACUGUAGUGGAGCUGAUACAAAUAGAUUCUGAAGAUUCCAACUGAGGUUUGGCUGGAGGUGAAGGUCUGACACUGGAACAGAAAGCGGCAGCAGCAGCACUGACAAUCAGACAACGGUGGUUCAUGUCAUUUGAUGUGCUUGUGAUCUACAAUGCUCUGCCUGAGAAGCUGGUGGAAGCAAAGUCAAAGAUAAUGUUCAAAAGAGAACGUGUACAUCAUUCCCAAUGGGCAAUGUUCGCAGGAGUGGAACUGAUUUGAUAGCUUUUAGACAGCUGGUGCAUGUUUAAUGGGCUGCAGGGCCACCUUCUGUGCUGUUAAGCUGUGGUUUCUGGGGCACUGCUUGCAAGUUGUUACCAAAUCUUUCAAAGGGGAUGACAGCCCGUGAUUCCCAAAAUUAGGUCAAAAUGCGUACGAUGGGUACGAUAGCAGAGUGGGUAGGUCACUGGAGUAAUAUUCAUAUCCCUGCACCAUUGAUCUGGUAUCUUGAAUUCCAUCCCACCAUACUAAGGAAUUGAAAUUCAAGUAAUUAAAUAAAUUUAGGAUUAAAAGCUAAUGCAAUUAACAGCCUAUCAAUUUACUGCCAUUAUAAAUACAUCUGGUCACUAAUACCCUUCAGGUGGAAACCUCUCACCUUUACCUGGUCUGGCCCGCGUACAGCUGUAGCUCCCACCAAUGUUAGUGAAUCUUAACUGCCCUUUAAAAUGGCUGAGCUACUAACCCUGUUCAGGAGGCAAUUAGGGAUGAUGUUGAUUACAGCGUCCUCUCGGUGCGUCUCAUGAGCCACUCCCAGGCCAGGUACAUCACAGAUUGGGUGUACACUAAAGUUUCUCACUGUGUUAUUCUGUAAGUAUUCCAAGGUCUGGUGCAGUAUGUUUUAGACCAGUUAAGUUUCACUGCAGUGCCUCAGCAGGUGUUCUGUUGUGGACUGCUCUGCUUGGAUGGAAGUGUGUUCAGGGCAGUUUUUGGAUAGAGGUGCAGUUAAUGAUUCUGGCUGACAUUUCUUCCCUUGCCUGUGAGAUAUUGGGACCGUCUGCAGUGCCCCGAUUACAUUCUAAGCCACCCAGUGCUUUUGUCGGUGUCAUGGCUCAGUCAUCUGCAAGAAGAAAAUCUUGUUUAAUCUGUCACUCCAGCCUACUGCUCAAUUGUCUUUUGAACAUGUUUCUUCCAACGUUCUACUUUUUUGUUCCAGAUGCCAGCAUCUGCCAUCUUUUUUCUCAACAGUAACAAGACUAGGGAUCAACUAGAUAGGUGUGGAGAGAAACGUGACUAAUGCUUUGUAUUGCUGUCUUUGUAUCACUUGGUACUAUGUAACUUCUCUUUCCUUUUAAAUAUCCACUGUCUUAAUACAAAGUUCAGCUGUAAACCAAUCAGUUUAUUCAUAUAACAAGUAGAUAGACUAAAUUCAGCACGAGUUGGUCUAAGGACUUACAACUUUUUAUAUUCUAUUUGAUUCUUUUCAAAAAACAAUAAAGAUACUUUCUCGAAACCUCUUUGAACAAGGCCAUGGAGUUGUACAGCACAGAAGCGGGCCCAACAGCCCACUGUGGUGCUGGCCAAUCUACACUAAUCCCAUUUGCCGGCAUUAGAACCGUGCCCUUCUAUACCCAGCAUGUUUAAGUGCCUGUCUAAAUGUCUUUUAAAUAUAAUGGCUCUUUCUGACUCCAUCACCUCCUCUCGCAGUGAGUUCCAGAUAUUACUCUCUGUGUAAAAUAAAA